AUGUCUCAUCUUUUUCAAAUUCCUGAAUGUCUUCGUCUAAUAUUCACUCAUCUAAAAGAUGACCGAACUUCACUUCAUUCUUGUAUUUUAGUUAAUCGUUUAUGGUGCAUAAUCUGUAUUGAUAUUUUAUGGUCUGAACCAUUUCAUCUUUUAUAUACUUGCAAUAAGAAUCCUUGUGUUUGUUCUUUAGCUAAAAGAUAUUUACAAGCUAGUAAUCUACUUAAAACUUUGUUAUCUUGUUUUAUUCAACAAAACCCAACUUUAUUUCAUAAAAACAUUAUAUAUUCUUCAAUAACUUCUCCUUUAUUCAAUUAUGUUAAAUAUUUGAGAAUAUUAAAUUUACAUGAAUUAAAUAUGGCUGUUCAAGAUUGGUGGAUUAAUCAUAAAAAUCCUCAAAAAAGAACUUUAGCAAAGAUUAAAAUUCCUGGAUCUAAUCAAUCACUCAAAACUAAUCAAACUAAGAAAACCAAAAAAACUAAUCAAAAUAAUCAAAAUAAUCAAAAUAAUAUAAGUCAAAAGAAAUUAACUAAGAAAUCCAAUAAUAAUAAUAAAAAAAAUGAUGGCAAAAGAUAUGUAACGUCAGGAGAUUGUGUUACAAUUCUACAAACUCAAGUAGCUCCUUUUGGACUUAUUGGUUCCUCAUCUGAAACAUGUUACAAUAUAUCUUCUGAUAGUCUUCGUCAAAGAAUGGCAAUAAUCAUAUGCCGAUUAUACAUGAGCAAUAGUCGAUCGAUUGAACAAAUUUCAUUUGAUUUUAGAUUCGCUUUAAAUGAUUUUGUGAAUCAAAAUAGUUGCGCUACUUUUAUGUUAAGUAAAAAUUCUCUUGAUCAAAGAUAUACUUUUGUUGAUGAAUAUUUAAACUUUCCGACUUAUCCUGGAUCUAAUAAUUGUCUCUCAAAGUUGACAAAAUUAGUUUGUACUACUCGACAUCGAAAAGCAGAUUUAUUAUUGUCACUUGCAAAUAAUUGUCAUUUAAUAAAAUAUCUGGAAAUUCGAGUAGAUUAUGAUAUUGAUUUUUCUCCAGUAACACCUACACCUAAUAAAGGUUUGAUGCAAGAAUCAUUAAGUUUAACCAAAUUAAUUCAAGAGCAGAAAUGUUUGGAUCACAUGGAAUUACAAAAAUGUUCUGUAGGAUUAGAAGAGAUUAUUAAUGCAUUGAAAACUCAAACUCAUUGUCUGAAUAGUUUACAUUUAAACGAAUUAAAUUUUAGUAACAUUUAUUUACUACGACAAUUAACAAAAUUUAAAAAUUUGGAAAAUUUGGAAUUUGAGUCAUGUAAGUUUCCCAAAACGGAAAUUGUAUCACCAUCAUUAAAAUAUGAAUUUAAAUUAUCAACACUUGUAAAACUAAAGAUAAACCAGACUGAAAUAAAUAAUGAUAUUAUUGAAUUAAUUAUUGGAGGUUGUACAUCCAAUUUACAACAAUUAGAAUUAGGAAAUUUAUUCUCAACGAAAAAUGAUAGUAAUUUUAUGUAUGGAAAUGUGAUUGGUUUAAUGGCAGAAAGAUUUCAUAAUUUAACAUAUAUUAAAACUGUCUUGGAAGAAAAGCAACAAAUUCCUCAAGUAAUUUCUCUCUUUUUAAAUUGUCCAAAUUUGGAGACUGUAAUUUUUUGUCAAGAAGUUAAAUCAUUAAAUGUUUUUGAUACAAAUGAUUUAUUGGAAGCAUUAGGGAAGAAUGGAUUACCUUCAACAUUAAAACACUUUGGUCUUUAUGGAAAAAAUUGGACAUUCACUUGUAUUGCUUUAGAAUUUUUACUAACUCCUCCAAUUUAUUGUAAUAGCUGUCCAAAUUUUAAAUUAGAAAUACUAGGAUCUUUAUUUUUUACCAAUAUACAUAUUGAUUCUAUUAUAAAAAUGAAUAAGUCUCAUAAAAUUAUAAAUGAAUUAAUUAUAACCAAAACAAUUUACAAUGAUUUGGAUAUACAAAAAUUAAGAGAAUUACAAAUUAAUGUGCAAGUAAUUUAA